AUGCCUUCAGGUGAACCGCAGUUUGCUACAGUCUCGCUUCUCCUUGGUGACGCGGUAGAGGGGACGUUUCGUGUACCAAUUACAGAUGAAACAACUGUGCGGCGCCUGGCAAAGGACGCAAUGCGUCGACUGCUUGCCCGUUACAGCGCCGGGAGGCACGUUUUCCAACAGGAUAGAAUCUCGGUGACGGAGGUUUUUGUGAAGACCGGCUCAAAUAGGGCAGAGAUAUUCGCACAAGAUCUUGUCAACCAAGUUGUGCUUAUUAAGGAAGAGGUGUUAUACAUGCGACUGCACAGGAGGGAGAGAGUGGAGGCAGAGACGGGGGAAGACUCCCUUGCGACGACGGAGACCACGGAACGCAUCACUACUGGGGACAAUAACAGAGAUACCUGCAUGAAUGCCAAGGCGGUUUCUUCUGUUGACGUGCACUCCAAGUCAGAAGAACUGUCGCAAGAAAAAAAGAAUCUCGCGGAUACAGGGAAGCCUGGCGUACAUGUUUCUUCCGUGCCCGCUGCUGCCGCUGUGUCUGUGGCUGUGGAAAGGCAAAAUGAAGAGGAGGUUAAGCGAGAGACAGAGGAGGGGAGUAGCAGUGCGGCAGGUGUGGAGAAGGGAAAUGACACAAGACGUGGUCUGGGCUGGGGUCCAGAGGCGCACAAAAACUUCCCCAACAACUAUAUUGCCAGUCCCAACAGACUCAUGCGGAAGCCGCGGACGAAACGAAAGACCACGACAAAGGAGGAGACGCCGUCCGCGAUGGAGGCGGAAGCGAAAAGCGAGACAGCGGAAAAAGAGUCUUUACCGGAGACAAAUGUUGUCGCGCAGCCAACUCGAGGAUUGGCGUGGGGUCCGGAAGCCGGGAAGUAUUUUCCUGAUAACUAUGUUACCUCUCCUGAUAGGAUCGCCCGGAUCAGGAGUCGCGAAAAGCGUCUAGAAAAAAAGAAGAGGCAUGAGGAAGAGGAAGCAGCGAGACAAUUGCAAAAGAAAAAAGAGGAAGAGGCAAGGUUAAAACAGAACACGGCAGCCUCUCUUCCAACCUUUUCAAAAAUAAUGCACUCGUUGGAAAGACGUCUGAAUGAGGAUCAGCACCAUGAUACUCCUCUGAACUCCAAUUCUACCGUGAUGACGCACGGAAGCAAGGCGGCAACUAGUCAAGGGGACAAGGAGCCACGAACAGCGCCCACCGCAAUUGCAGUAGAUUCCACUCCUCACACAAAUCAUGAGAAUGGAUGCCGUCAUAGUACCGGCCUCAAGACAAAUAGAAAAAGGCGGUUCAGUGAAAUUGAGGGCGGUGGGAGCGCUUCAUGUCCCAUCAUUGUGGAGCGCCAGCUUAGCUUUGAGGCUGAAGACGCUGCCAUUACUCACACACCUCAGGAACAGUCGACACGACGGCUGCUUGAGGGCACUGCUGGGGCGAAUCGAUCUCAACAAAAGGUCCCACCGGGGUGGGGAAAGGAAGCCACACGUUACUUUGACGUGGAUACCUACUUUGAUGAUCCCAGCAAGGCGAAGCUGAGUCCGGAGAUUUUGGCGCGCCCUGUGCGAGCUAGGAGAGACGUCGUGCUCCCGUACUACUUCGCUGCCAUAUCCAAGUAA